AUGCAGUACGUGCGCAACAUCAGCGACUCAGUGUCGACGGCCUGGAAUUCAAUCAACCCUGCGACCCUCAGCGGUGCCAUCGACGUCAUCGUUGUUGAGCACCAAGAUGGCACCCUUGCCUGCUCCCCCUUCCACGUCCGCUUCGGCAAGUUUUCCCUGCUGCGGCCAUACGAGAAGAAGGUAGAGUUCAGAGUCAAUGGCUCUAAGCAGGAAUAUUCCAUGAAGCUUGGCGAAGGCGGUGAGGCCUUCUUUGUCUUCGAAACCACAGAGACUAUUCCCGAGUCCAUGCAAACUUCCCCUCUUGUCUCCCCAGCUAGUAGCCCGCCUCUCGGCCCCGACGAGUCCGUCUCUCAACUCGGUCUCCCCGAUCAAUUUGAGCUGGAUGCAGGCAGUACGGACCCCCGCCAAGCCUCCGAGGCUCACAUGGAUGAGAAUGGAUACCCCAGCCCAUCACCGUCUCCCCUCAACUUAUCGAAUCCUCGACCUGCCUCCGGCGAUUGGUCGGCUGCCCUCGCUCGUCCUCACAGCGAGGACGCCCUGCGCCAUUCGGCUCGCGCCGUUGACCGUGAUACCAGUGAAGCUGGCGAGCCAGGCUCCGAACGAUCCCAGAGCCCUGCCCCGGUCAACAUGCAAGAAGCCCUCGAACGAGCCAGGACACUGUCUCGCGGCCUCUCUGCCGUCAACAUUCCCAGUCAAGUCACCGAGACUGGCGAUCUCAUGCUUGACAUGACUGGCUUCCGAAGCAGCGAAGAAGACAUGCUCCGCGCCGAGAUCCAGGCUAGGAAGAUUCUCUCCGAAGAGUUGGACGGCAACUACGACAUCGGAGCUCUCUUUGGUUUCGAUGAAGAAGGCAAUUUGUGGAUAUACAGCAGCGAGAGUGCUAAGAAGGCUGCCAUGAACAAAACCAUUGAGUCUUCUCUACAAGCGCAUCGCCACGGUGUCGCCGCAGACGCAGUCUCAGAUCCCGGCUAUCAAAGCGAUGGAAGCGAUGUAACAAGCUCCCCUCGCACUCCGGCCCAUCGCCGCUCCGAGUCUGAUGCUGGCCCUGUCGGCCUUGCGACGCCUCCCCGCACCCCUGCCGAUGCUGGUGUUGGCAACCCGAACCGCAACUAUGCCAAGACGCUUCGCUUGACUAGCGACCAGCUCAAGAAGCUAGAGUUGAAGUCGGGUGAGAAUCCAAUGAGCUUCACCGUCAAUCGUGCCACGUGUACCGCCAACAUGUAUCUCUGGAAGUACGACACACCCGUCGUCAUCUCCGACAUUGACGGAACCAUCACUAAAUCCGAUGCACUCGGCCAUGUGUUGAACAUGAUUGGCCGCGACUGGACGCAUGCUGGCAUUGCCAAGCUUUACAGCGAUAUUGCCCUCAACGGCUACAACAUCAUGUAUCUCACAAGUCGUUCCGUCGGACAGGCCGAUACGACGAGAGCCUACCUCAAUAACAUUGUUCAAGAAGGUUGUAGGAUGCCUCACGGCCCUACGAUUCUGUCGCCAGACCGAACAAUGGCAGCUUUGCGCCGUGAAGUCUACCUUCGCAAGCCACACGUCUUCAAGAUGGCUACGCUUCGCGAUAUCGCCAACCUUUAUGGCCCUGAUCGGACACCCUUUUAUGCUGGCUUUGGUAACCGACUGACGGAUCAAAUCUCGUACCGAACUGUCGAUGUUCCACGGAAUCGCAUCUUCACCAUCAACUCCAACUCCGAAGUCUCCCUUGAUCUUCUCAGCUUGAAUAAACUCAAGAUGAGCUACGUGCAUAUCAAUGAAGUCGUCGACCAUUAUUUUCCUCCCGUUUCUACCCUCGUCAUGGGCGGUGGAGAGGAUUAUACCGACUUUAAAUACUGGAGAGACACCCCCCUUGAGCUGGAUGAAUUCUCUGCCAGCGAUAGUGAUGAUAUUGCGGGGGCGGUCGACGAGGGUAGCGAGUACACAGACGACGAGGAGAUGGAUGAGCGUCUCGGGGAAAGUUAUAUCUCACAAGCCUCUGUUGAAGAGCUCGAAAGCCGCCUGGCUGCCUCGAUGACGCAAAGCCAGAUGGAUGAGGAUAUCGACGACGAGGGUGAUGUCGACGAAGAGGAGCCUCUCGAUGAAGAAGACGAUGACGCGGAGCCCGACGACGACAUUGACGACAAAAAGAUCAUGAAGAAGAACGCAGCCGAUCUAGAAGAAGAUUACGCUGCAGAAAUCAUUACUGGGGUUGGUCAUCUUUCCAUGGACAAGAAAGAAGUAUAA